UUCUCUCUUUCUUUCCCUUUCCUUUUCUUUCUUUUUCUUUUUCUUUUUUUUUCUUUUCCUUUUUAUUUGCUGCAAAAUACAGUUGCCUCUCUCACCUACUUCAUAAAAACCUAGGGAAACAACCUUUUUUUUUUUUUUUUUUCUCUCACACACUCUUCAUUCAUAUUCCAUCAUCAAAGGCAUUUCAAUUCUCCCUUUCCUUUCUUCUUUCUUUCUUUCUCUUCAUAGCUGGGCUGUAUAAAAGGCCUGCAAGAACAUACUAUAUACCAAUUACAACAAUAAUCAACAAGAAAAACUAGUUUUUUUGCUUCAUCAGAAGUUUUAAGAGGUUGGCUGAUCGAGUAAUAGUAUUGGGUUUAGUAUUAGAGUUAUAAGUUUUGUUUUGACAGUGAUGGAGUUGAUGAAAUCAGACAAUAUUAUUCAGGACAGAUCCGAACAGCAACAAGAACAAGAAAUGCAGCAACGGCAGCAGCAACAACAAGAACAGCAUCACUUUCAUGUGUUGGCAGUUGAUGACAGUGUUAUAGACAGAAAGUUAUUGGAGAAGCUCCUUAAAGUUUCUUCAUACCAAGUGACCUGUGUUGACUCCGGGGAUAAAGCUUUGGAAUAUCUUGGCCUGCUCAAUAACUUGGACCCUCACUCAACAGCUUCUUCUUUUUCUUCUACCUCAUCUUCGUGUUCCCAGCCUCCGCAACAAGAGGGACUUAAAGUCAACUUAAUCAUGACAGACUUCUGUAUGCCCGGAAUGAGCGGCUAUGAUUUACUCAAACGAGUCAAGGGAUCUUCUUGGAAAGAUGUACCAGUCGUGGUCAUGUCAUCAGAGAAUGUACCUUCAAUAAUCAGCAUGUGCCUAGAAGGAGGAGCAGAGGAAUUCCUGCUAAAGCCUCUUCAACUAUCAGACCUUGACAAGAUUCAAACUUACCUUCUGAAAUCCCUUCAUCAUUCUUGUACAAACAUCGACAAAACAGACUUGAUCGAUCACGUCGAUGAAGACAUCAACAAUAACAACGACGACAACAACAAUAAUAAUAACAGGUAAUAGUAAUAAAAGCAACACUAAUUUUAGCAAAAGAAAGGCUAUAUCUUCUGAAGCUACGGAGAGAAGACCAAAAAUGAAAGGACUAGCAGUUGUCGUAUGAAAAUGUUAUAAUUAAUGGUGCAUUUUCUUAUACUCGGGGAGUGUAUUGACUUGGUUAAUGCCAAUAUCAAAAACCGAGAGGAUUUAAUUUUGGCUUAUUAUAAUGUUUUAGCUAUUAUAUAUUAAUUACGUAAUCAAUUUAGUAGGAUAACAUGAAAAUAAUGUAAAUUGCUGAUUCGACAUGGUAAAAUCAUGCUACAAGAGGAGAUGAAGAGAUUUGACAUGAUUAGAAUCAUACUAAAGAGCAAUUGAGGAACGGAGAAGCUGUCAAAAUUGACUUGAAUUUGAAAAAAUUUCACUGAACUUGUUUAACUCGAAUCCAGAAGACUUAAAUUCGAAUGAUUUAAAUUUAAAAUGAUCCGACUUCAAACAAUCCAAAAGAGAAAUUAGAAAUUACUUAGAACUCAAAUAAUUUAACUAUCAAACUUUAAAGAGACAAGUGCAAGAUGAACCAAACGCAAAACUUUUUGAACUUUCAUUAACCUAAGAUUACCCAAACAAAAGGAACUCAACCUAAACCAAACUUGGCCCACCUAUUUGACACUUUAUAAAUGAUUCAUUAUUAUUUUUAUUAAUUAAUAGCUCAAAUGCUCAAAUGCAAACUUAUACUAAUUAAU